UUGUCUGUGUCAAACAAAAGAGGAGAGCUAUACAACAAUAAUAGGCAGCUUCAUCUCUCUGAAAUGACUCCCUUAUUAGCCUCUCUGUUGUUAUUAUUAUUGUUACUGAUAAUCCCGGGCGCAACUGUGGCUGAAGAAGUGGAGCCUUGCACGAGCAGGUCUUGUGGAGGAAUCGAGAUCAAGUUCCCUUUCGGUCUAAGAGGAGUCAACCAGAGUCGUCGAUGUAGCUACCCAAAGUUCAGUGUUUGGUGCAAUAAUCAGAGCCAGACCAUCUUGACGCUGCCAGAAUCAGGCGACUUGGUGAUCAACGACAUCGAUUAUGCCUCCGAAACCCUUUGGGUCAACGAUCCUGGUCAGUGCCUUCCAAGACGGUUCUUGAAGGGUCUCAACCUUUCUUUAGCUUCGCCCUUCCAACUCGAUCCUGACCUUUACAAUCUCAUCAACCUCACCUUCCUUCGUUGCCCUUCUAACUUGACGCAAAAUCCACUCACUUCAGUUCGUUGUCUUAACGAUCCUGCCAAUUCCUCUUUCGCUGUGACGUACGUUUGGAUGCGAUCCAUUCCUCCGCCUUUGAAUGAAUCUUGUGAGGUCAUUAAUUCUUCUGUCCCCUACCCGAUUUCCGCCAUAUACCCGUGGCCUUUCUGGGUCGAUAUCGGCGAGGAUUUACAGUUGACGUGGGGCAGGCCACGUUGUGGCCCCUGUGAAUCUCGAGGACUAGAUUGUGGAUUCGCCGAGCGUAUGGGUCUCCGAACAGGAUGUUUCUCUCGUUCCCAGGAAAGCUCAGGUAUUCCAAAAGGUGUAAAAUAUGGGCUAACGAUAGGAGUGGGAAUACCUGGAGUCCUGUGUUUAAUUGGGCUCGGUUGUAUCAUCUGCGGCAAGAUACGACGUCGUCGGAAUACGAGGCCCAGCACAGAUCUCCCCAUCACAGCAUUUGCUGUCCAGUCCAGCCCAUUCAGAAUGGGCCUCGAUGGGUCCACAAUAGAAAAGUAUCCCAUGACUCUUCUGGGCGAGAGCAGGCGGCUACCGAAGCCCAAUGACAACAUUUGCUCCAUAUGCCUGUCGGAGUAUGAGCCCAAGGAGGCCUUGAGAACCAUACCCGAUUGCAAUCACUAUUUUCACGCACACUGUAUAGAUGAAUGGCUCAGAAUGAACGCCACGUGUCCCGUUUGCCGGAAUUCACCUACAUUCACACCUUCUUCUGCUUCUGAUUCGGCUUCAUCAUCUGUGUCCCCUUCUUCCUCCAUAUCUUCUUCACAUUAGAUAAAUUUAUAUUAUUUCCUUGUUGAGAUUUGAGGUGCAUGUUCCAUUGUUCCUGCUUGUAUUAUACGCCGUACGAAUUUCAUCACGAUUUAUGUGUACACACUAGCAUUCAGAUGAUUUUAUUAAUUGCCACUGAAGUAUACUCAUCUUUUAAAGGAGACAAUUUUAUUGUACUCCAUUUAGUGAAAAA